UUAUUAUUAUUUAUUAUUUUUCAUAUUUGUCUUUAUUUCACUCAUCUCACAUAUAGAUAAAUUGUUUUGUAAAAUUUGAAUGUUAGCUUUGUUCUCAUUGUUAUUGCAAAGGAGACAUUCAUUUACUUCAAUUCACCAGUGUUUAGCCAUGAUAUGCUGCUUCAAGUUUUUUGUGUUUUUCGCAAAAAUCUUAAAACCACAUUGCUUGCCGUCUGACAUAAUUAGGCACUCAUUUUUUUUGUCCGCCUCACUGUAUUUGAAAUGGGACCAAAUAUCUAAGUGCCUAUUUCUCCCUAGCAUGCUGUGUUCAUCACCAUAGUUCACAUCCUCCAGUAACGUUUUCCUCGAGCACCAGAAUGAAUGAAUGAACACUGUUCAAGUGAAAAUUCCGAGGGAGAAAAUAUGGCCUGUAAUAUUUUGUCUCCUCAUUAUACUGACAAAAAGAUAUUUUAGUAACGUUUUUAUUUUAUGGAUUACAUUUUAGUCUCGUAAUUUUUCGUCAACAAUAUUGCAUGUUAAGAUAGUCACAGUCAGUGUUUAAGUACAUUGUUUAAGUAACGUCUCGUCAUCGUCUCGUUAUAGUCAUGGAAAAAAAGCUCGUUGACCAAUAUAUUUCCAAAGUAACACUAGUUUCCACCGUGGUCCAAAGACCUGCGAAAAUUAGGCAAAUUAACCAGCUGGCGUAUAUGCCUUACAAAGUGAUGGACUGGCAUCGUUAUUUAGUAACACCGAUCCAUGAGCAAAAUUUACAAAUGAAAAUCAGAUUUGAUUGGAGCCAUCAUGUUCUUAAAAGAACCCCGGCACAGAGAAAGAAAAGCAAACAUAAAAUUGCAACAGUGUGGAAGGUCAUUUCCAGUCGACAAGAGCUGCUGAUCAACUGCAGCACUCACAUCUGUGUCAACCUGAGCAUUGGGGGAAUGUGAUUUUUAACGAGCUUGAUUACCUGCUGUAAUUAGCUGGACCAUUUGUUUUGGAGAGGAGGAGACCGACUUCGGCUCAGUGUAGAAACCUCCUGACUGAUGAAAACUUAAAACAACAACUUUGGACACAGUAUUUAGCAUAAAUCCAUCCAUAGACACACCGCUGCACUCUGGCUGCUAUUUCCGAGCUCUAAAUAAAAUACCGCAGCAGACUUGUGUUUGCUAUCUGACUGUUGAUUGUGAUUUAUUGGUGUGCAAACAACGGUGGAAACGAGAGGUACAGUAGCAGAAAAAAGCCAACAUGCUAGAUUUAAAGCCAGUAACCUCUACUCGUCCAUUCAGAAAUUCAUUGCGUUUCCACCGCAAUGAAUUCCUCCAAAGGUUCCUAAAAGGUUUGUUUGGCGGCUUUAGACUUCAAUAGUCAAUGGUACAAAUAAACUUAAGAGGGUUUCCGGCUAACAUUUCCCCCAACAAAAGCAAUGUCGCCAAAGUACAUUGAUACAUUACUGUUGUCUAAUUUUGUUAUGUGGAACAGGGUCCACAUGCUUCUUUCAAACACUGGUGCUGACUGAUUUUUUCAGGCCUCUGCAAAGCCACAUCUCUGCUCUGCUUUCAAAUGAUUUCUUGAUUCUUAAAAUGCUCUUAAAUGUCUUUUCCAGCCAUCAAAAUGCGCCUAUGGCCAAAGCAGAAAGUGGGCAAAAAAUCCAAAGAUGAGGCUCCAAAGGUGGAAAAGACAGCCAAGGCCCCUUCUGCUGCUGCCAUAUGUGCCAUCCCACCGCUGUCCGAAGCAGAGAGAACUAAGCAGUCACCGUUUGAAAGGAUUGUCUAUGACAUGGCGCACAACGAGAAGGUCGUCAACGACCUGAUGCUCGGUCGAAGAGUUGGUUUCUACGAGCUGCGUGGAGAUAUCGGGCAGGGAAAUUUCUCUACAGUCAGGUUGGGCAUCCAUGCCUUGACGAAAGAGCGAGUAGCUAUCAAAGUCAUGGACAAGCUGCGUCUGCAUAAGAAGAACCAGCCGCUGACUUCCUCAGAGAUCAGCUGCAUGGAGAAGCUGUGCCAUCCCAACAUAGUGCGGCUUUACGAGGUUUUUGAGACCAGCAGGAAGCUGUAUCUGGUGAUGGAGUAUGGCAGUGGUGGAGACCUGUUCACCCGAAUCACCACCAGGGGGAAGUUGAACGACCUGGAAACCAAGCUGAUCUUUGCACAAGUCAUGUCUGCUGUUAAACACAUGCAUGAAAACAACAUCGUCCACAGAGACCUUAAGGCGGAAAACAUCUUCUACACCACCAGCUACUGCAUCAAGGUCGGAGAUUUCGGCUUCAGUACAGAGAGCGGCCCUAAUGAGCUCCUCACCAAUUUCUGUGGCUCUCCCCCAUACGCUGCUCCUGAAUUGUUUAAGGAUAAAGGUUACAUUGGACGCCAUUCAGAUACCUGGGCUUUAGGUAUUCUCUUGUACUUCAUGGUGACGGCCACUAUGCCCUUUUUUGGGGACAACCUGGGGAGGCUCAAGCGCUGCAUCCUUCAGGGGGCCUACAGUAUCCCUGAUUAUGUGCCCAAUCCAUGCCAGCUUGUCAUUAAGGGCAUGCUGCGGCCUGUCCCUGUUGAUCGCUCUUCUCUCACACAGAUUGCAAACAGUGCUUGGCUGAAGGGGAUUGAGUACCCUCGUCCGCACGUCUUGCUGCCUCUGACCCCGGCCCACUUUGCUCAGGCCAACCAGGAUCUGUGUGUGGAGGAGCAGGAGGUGAAGGAUUUGCUGUCAGAUCUGGGUAUUGUGACAUUCCACUUCCAAAACAAUCCCUGCUUAGACUGCAGGAGCCCACUGACGGGGACCUACCGGAUCCUUCUCCAUCAGGUCCAGAAGAAGAGGUCAGUGGAGGCCGUAGGUUACACAGCAUUUCAACCUGAGGAUUUUGGGAGUAAGAAGAAGUGGUCUGUAGCAUCUGUGGACAAACACACUCCUUCGGCUGUGUGUGUUGUACUGUAAUGAGAAAUAACUGGACUGGAAUUUAGUUGUGGUGGCUACACUGGAUCACAUACACAUGUGCCCAUUUACUCCCAGGCAGUCCUUCAAUGACUUCAAGCUCCCUUAACCAGUAAGGCAUUAUGUUACAUGUUGAGAAGAAUUCAAGUUGUUUUGUGCAAAACUUGACACAUGGAGGUUGGAGGGUUCUUCUGCUCCACACUGUAAAUCACUUACAGCUUACAGAUUAGAGCACCUAGCUAUGGCUCUCUGAUUAUGUCACCAACCACAAGCUUACUGACGCAAACCAUUCAUCAAUCACUGUAUGGCCAUCAGCAUCUUCCAAUCCUUCUUAGUGCAUACAUCUACUGAACUAAUCCAAGGCCAUGUGUAAUCCUUAUAAGGGAGACUCUGAGAACAUGCUUAGUCCAACAAAAUGAAACCUGAGACUAUGGCUAAAAAAAAUAUGUAUGGGGAAAGAAAUACUUUUGAGCAAAAUUAGGACCACAUGAGGCCAGAACAACAGACCUGAAAGCCAGUCUGCAGCCAUAUUAAAUAUUUUUAAACACAGAAACUGAUGCCUAAAAUGCCUUCAUGUAAUGUAGAUAUUUAUUAAAUAUUUAUGAUUGUCAAAAUGUCUGAAGUACACAGAAGUUUUGCACAGUCUUAAAACAAAUUUGGUUGAUAUCUGUGUUAAGUAUUAUGCUAGUGUUUUAUGGCAAUAUUUUUAUAAAUUUAUGACAGAUACUGGCCUGAACUUCCUGUCACUCUGUAUUAAUAAUUAUACCAUUGAGUAAGACCAAAUUAAUUUGGAAUAAAACAAUUUUCAAACAAUGA